AUGUCUAUGGAUCAUGUUUACUACCAGCAGCCAACCACUCCACCAGGCAUUCCCUAUGAGGAUUACCACCUUGGCUCCGCUAAUAGUCGCAACGCCUCUACUUCCUCCCUUUAUUCGGGUGAAUCUUCCCCUUGGUCCACUAUGACGGGGAACACUAGCCCAGGUACUUCGCCGACUCGGCAUCACCAUGGCCCGGCCCUUUUGCCUAAGAUCCGCCCUCAGGAUGUGGUCAUUGAGCCCAUUUCUGCUGGUGGCCCUCUUAGAAGCCGUCGCAUUUUGUCCAACACCCGGAACCCCCCAGGUUUUGUUCCUUACGCCUCUAGUAGACCUUCUAUACAGCGAAACCACCGAGUUGAAGCAUUGGAGCGCUUGCCGUUGGCAUUGCCAGGCUCCCCAAUUGUCACCAAUGGUCCUCAUAGUGCAACUAUUCCGCUUGGUCCCUCUGCAUUGGCGUCGCCUGUGGCUAUUACUUCUUCCCACAGACGUAGAGCUUCCAUGGGACAUGCUCGCUCCGCUUCAACCUCUAACAUUGAUGAAGCUACUUUGAACCGAUAUGGAUAUCCGACCUAUCGAUCACUCCCAAAGUAUGUGCCGCAUAUGCAAGCACAGAUGCAAGCUCAUUCUCAGGCUCAAGCCCAAGUUCAUGCGCAGACUACUCCGAACACGCCGGUCACGCCCGUGACUCCAAACAUCGUGGUCUACCCAUCUCACCCACAGCAAGCCAGAGUAGAAACACCACAGCUUACCCCAGUUCGUACGCAAUGCCACCCAUUGACUGUACCUACUUCCCAAUUCUGCUACAGUCCAGUGCAUGGACCUCAGAGAUCACCGGUCCACAUGAUGAGUCCUCGGGAAGAUCUCAACCCCCCAUCUACCACCCUGCUUUCGUACUUGACGGCGCCAACCCAGGCGAUCAACCUAGUCCGCAACGUUAGCGUGAUCCCUACUCGUGGCAUGCAUGACUAUUUCUGGUGGGACAUCCGCAAUCUUCGCAACUGGACUUCAUUCUCCUUCGCCACUUUUGACACGUUCAGUGGACUCACCAAGCUGCUAACCACUGAGCUACCUGGAAUCCUUACCCCUCCAGUGAUGGUGGCUCCUUCGCGUCUAGCACCAGAAUCCGAGUCCAGUCUUGUCUCUCUAAUUCGGGAUCUCUACGCACCUCGCGUCAACGCAGCACUAGCUGUUUCCCAAGGCCCAGACCAUAUCCAACUUUACGCUGCCCCAGACAUCCGCCACACAGGUCACAAAAACCACGGCCACCCACACUUCCUAGCCAACUACACCACGGACACAGAAUGCACCAGUGCCGGUCUCACUCGAGGACGCAUGGUGGGAAUCGUCAAGAGCUUCGAUCGCUGGAACUCCGGAAUGCGCAACGAAGCACCCCACCGCCGCGUCGAAUACCUAAACGGUCUAGCCCAUCUCCAGCGCUGCAUGCGCGAGCACUCCUGCCGCUACGGCUUCAUCAUAACGGAGAUAGAGCUCGUCUGUGUCCGAGCAGGCUGCGACAGUGGCUGCGACAUCCCAUACUUUGGAUACCUUGAAGUCGCAGCACCAAUCCCACUCAAAACAUCCAUGCCAUCUUCACAGCCGUCUGCACUCGCAACACCCAUCUCUGCACGAUCAUUCUCAUCAUCUUCCCACAGCUCGUCUUCUCACUCUGAAAACUCGACUCCGAUAUUCGACCCAGAAUCAAAGGAAGAUCUACUAUCUACCCCCAUGACAGCAAGCAUGGCACUCUACUUCGUGCUUAUGCUAGCAAAAUCCGUCCCAUUGCCUAAUCAGCCACCCGCCCACCUCAACGUCGGCGGGCCAGGAGCCCUAACACGACAGCGUAUUCUUCAACAGCCGAAAGAUAAAUGGAUUCCCGAACCACAGAUUGGCGAACGUCGCGAUGCGAAGCGCGUUCGUGGUUGGGUCUGGCCGCAGGAUGCUUGGCAUCGUCGGGAAGGAGGAGGCCGAGUGGCAGGUUCAACAAAAAAUGCCGAUAUCAAAGCAAAGAAGCAGCGUCAUUGA